CGCGGCACAGAUGGGGGAAAGCAGGAGUAAUGGUUUUCGGGCAAGUGGAUGCUGGAGAGCACACACAGGAGUUGGGGAGCGGGGAGUGGGUGCCUGGGCUUGGGGAGGGCUCGAACUCGGGGCUGCUGUGUAGUCCAAGAGGGCGCGGUAAGACUGGGGUGUCCUGGUGAGAACUGGAGAGGAUCUUCCCGGGUCCCUGCCUGGCCAGUGAGGAAACACUGGUCUCCCAGGCACCCUCACCUAACCAGAGCGGGGAUUUCCACCGCCUCUCCCGUCGCCCUUUGGAGGAAAGUGAAAGUGAAAGGAGGAAGAGGAGGGUUGCUGGCUGAGGAGGUCGCAGAGCCAUGAAGUCGCUGUCUCUGCUCCUCGCUGUGGCUUUGGGCCUGGCGACCGCCGUCUCGGCAGGACCCGCGGUGAUCGAGUGUUGGUUCGUGGAGGAUACGAGCGGAAAGGGUCUGGCCAAGAGACCCGGUGCACUGCUGUUGCGCCAGGGACAGGGGGAACCGCCGCCCCGGCCGGACCUCGACCCUGAGCUCUACCUCAAUGUGCACGACCCCGCGGGCUUCCUCCAGGCUGCCUUCAGGCGGUACCCCCGGGACGCCCCCGCACCACACUGUGAGAUGAGCCGCUUCGUCCCUCUCCCCGCCUCUGCGAACUGGGCCAGCGGCCUGACCCCGGCGCGGAACUGCCCGCGGGCCCUGGAUGGGGCUUGGCUGAUGGUCAGCAUGUCCAGCCCAGUCCUCAGCCUCUCCAGCCUCUUGCGACGACAGCCAGAGCCUCAGCAGGAGCCUGUUCUCAUCACCAUGGCAACAGUGGUACUGACUGUCCUCACCCAUACCCCUGCCCCUCGAGUGAGACUGGGACAAGAUGCUCUGCUGGACUUGAGCUUUGCCUACAUGCCCCCCACCUCUGAGGCCGCCUCAUCUCUGGCUGCGGGUCCCCCUCCCUUUGGGCUAGAGUGGCGACGCCAGCACCUGGGUAAGGGACAUCUGCUCCUGGCUGCAACUCCUGGGCUGAAUGGCCAGAUGCCAGCAGCCCAAGAAGGGGCUGUGGCAUUUGCUGCUUGGGAUGAUGAUGAGCCAUGGGGCCCAUGGACCGGAAAUGGGACCUUCUGGCUGCCUAGAGUUCAACCCUUCCAGGAGGGCACCUAUCUGGCCACCAUACACCUGCCAUACCUGCAAGGACAGGUCACCCUGGAGCUUGCUGUAUACAAACCCCCCAAAGUGUCCCUGAUGCCAGCAACCCUUGCAUGGGCCGCCCCAGGGGAGGCACCCCAGGAGUUGCUCUGCCUUGUGUCCCACUUCUACCCUCCUGGGGGCCUGGAGGUGGAGUGGGAACUCCGGGGUGGCCCAGGGGGCCGCUCUCAGAAGGCCGAGGGGCAGAGGUGGCUCUCGGCCCUGCGCCACCAUUCCGAUGGCUCUGUCAGCCUCUCUGGGCACUUGCAGCCGCCUCCAGUCACCACUGAGCAGCAUGGGGCACGCUAUGCCUGUCGAAUUCACCAUCCCAGCCUGCCUGCCUCGGGGCGCAGCGCUGAGGUCACCCUGGAGGUAGCAGGUCUCUCAGGACCCUCCCUCGAGGACAGCAUAGGCCUUUUCCUGUCUGCCUUUUUUCUGCUCGGGCUCUUCAAGGCACUGGGCUGGGCUGCUGUCUACCUGUCCACCUGCAAGGAUUCAAAGAAGGUACAUUGCUCCACCUCUCUGUAUCUUUCCCUUGUCACUUUAUCUCCUCAUCCUAUCUCAAAACCCAUGGAGGGAGGCUGCUGGUGUGGUAGGCAGAACCUAGGCUUGGAAUUCACGCUGAUUUGGGUUAAAACCUGGCACUAUAUCCUAACUGUAGGACUCUUUGUGCAUGCUACUUAAUCUAUAUCUGUUUCCUUGGGUGUAGGGAUUUUAAAAAGUUACUUAGGCAGUGCUGUCCAGUAGAAAGAUAAUGCAAGCCACAUAUGUAAAUUUAAAUAAUCUAGUAGUCACAUUAAAAAAAAAGCAGAAACAG